CAUCUUUAAGUACCGGCGGCCCAUGGACGUUUACGAGACCGGGAUCGAGUACGUCGUCGCCAAAGGCCCCAUCGACCAGGCCAUAAACAUCCUGGUGUGGAACCAGAACGGCCGGACGCCCUACAUCACCUACGAAUACACGGUCCUGCGGGACUCCCUGCCCCCCGUCCCGCCGCCGCCGGUCUACACCGGGUCGGAGACGUCGGCCGCCGAGGUGUCUGUGGAGGAGGACGGCCUCGCGUCGCCCAACGGCAGCGUCUACGACCAGAAGGUUCCUGGGGGGCCGCUGGAGGCGGGCGGGGCCGACGGGCCGAAGGGCCAGGAGACCAACGAGGUGUUUGAGGAGACGACGGCCAUCGACUGCGACGAGGACGACGCCGGGCUGCCGAAACGCACAGGAAACAGCAGCCAAACUCACGGCACCGCCAAGCCUCCCCCUGAUGAUGCCGCCCUGGACUCGGGGCCGGACUCCACCAACCUGAUCUGGCGGGUUCUGCUGGACGGACGGAUGGGUCCGGACGAGCUGCUGAUCAACAUCUCCACCAACCAGCUGCUGACGGAGGGCGACGCCCUGUUCCCCCCCGAGGCGGGCCUGAGCGACCCGGAGCGGCCGGCCGGCCCGCUGGACCUGAACGACACGCUGGAGUUCGCUCUGGGCCACAAAGGCAACGACAGCGGGGACAACCAGAACCGCACGGCCCAGACCGGCGCCGGACGCUCCAACAGAACCAGGGGGAAUCAGAGGUUCUUCCAGAAGAAUCUGAAGCUGAGCGCUGCAGACAUGUACCGCUGGAAACUUUCCUCCCAGGAGCCGUGCAGCAUGACCUGCUCCAUAGGCGUGUCCAAGUCCUUCGUCACGUGCGUUCGCUACGACGGCGUGGAGGUCCACGACAUGUACUGUGACGCUCUGACCAGGCCAGAACCGGUCCACGACUUCUGCAUCGGCAGAGAGUGUCAGCCGAGGUGGGAGGCCAGCAGCUGGAGCGAGUGCUCCCGGACCUGCGGCGAGGGCUUCCAGUUCCGGCAGGUCCGCUGCUGGAAGAUGCUGUCCCCGGGCCUGGACAGCUCCGUCUACAGCGACCUCUGCACCAUGGCCGACCUGGAGCGCCCCCUGGAGAGGCGCGCCUGCAAGAGCCCCACCUGCGGCCCGCAGUGGGAGGUGGCGGAGUGGACGGAGUGCCCGGCUAAAUGCGGCCGGAAAGCUCAGGUGACGCGAGACGUCCGCUGCUCCGACGAGACCCGACCCUGCGACCCCAUGACCCAGCCGCCAAACGUGAAGAACUGCACGGGGCCGCCCUGCGAGCGCCACUGGACCGUGUCGGAGUGGGGCCCUUGCUCCGGGUCGUGUGGCCUCGGCCGGAUGGUCCGACAUGUUUACUGCAAGACCCCUGAGGGCCGCGUGGUUCCUGAACACCAGUGUUCCCCGGAGAACAAGCCUCUGGCCAUCCACCCCUGUGGAGAGAGGGACUGCGCUCCGCACUGGCUGAGCCAGGACUGGGAGCGGUGCAACACGACCUGCGGCCGCGGAGUGAAGCGGCGGAUCGUCCUGUGCGCCGGCGUCAGCGGAGGAAAGUUCCAGAUGUUUGAUGAAGAGGCGUGUGGAGGCGGCGAGAAGCCGGAGGACGAAGCCACCUGCUUCGAGAGGCCGUGCUUCAAAUGGUACACCACGCCCUGGUCCGAGUGCACAAAGACAUGCGGCGUUGGCGUGAGGAUGCGGGACGUGAAGUGCUACCAGGGCAGGGAGCUGGUCCGGGGCUGCGACCCGCUCACCAAGCCGGUGGCCAAGCAGACGUGCACCCUGCAGGCCUGCCCGACCGAGCCUCCAGAUGAGAGCUGUCAGGACCGGCCCUCCACCAACUGCCUGCUGGCUCUGAAGGUGAACCUGUGCAGCCACUGGUACUACAGCAAGGCCUGCUGCCACUCCUGCCGAGCCGUUCGGCCGUGACGGACCGGGACGCCGCAACUGUAGCGUCGCUCCAGCUCCCAUCAGAAAAACACAAAUAAUCUCGGAUGUUUCCCUCAUAUGGUCAAAUUUCUAUUGACCUGUUCAGCUUUUUAAAGUCAUCAGUGAUUAGCUUAGAUAAAUGUAAAGAUGUAGAAUAUGGAGGGCCGUUUGUAAAGUUACAGUCAAAAAUUAGCAGAAAUAAUUUGGGUUAUUUAGCCUGUAAUAAUAGAAAACAAUGGGGAUAAAUUUUACAGACAUAUUUUCACCUGUUUUUUAUUAAUUUAUAAAUGUCACAGAUUCAAGCUACAUAGUUAGCUUGCAAACUAAAUAUUUAACUCCAAACUAAAUAUUUAGUUUGAUGCUAACUAUUCAGCUUGCUAGCUACAUAAUUAGUUUGGAGCUAAAUAUUUACCUUACUAAUUACAUAUUUAAUCUAGUUAAAUCUUUUGCUUUUGGAGCAAAAGAUUUAGUUAUUUCACACUAACUAUUUAACUUGCUGUCUAAAUAUUUUAUUUAGCAAACUACUUAGCUUGUUUCCUAAAUAUUUAGUUUGAGGCUAAACAUUUAGCUUGCUAGCUAAAUAUUUAGUUUGGAGCCAAAUAUUUAUUUGCCAAGUUAAAUAUUAAGCUUAAUCGUUAGCUUAAUAACGAUUAAGCUAACGAUUUAGAAAUAAGUGAAUAACAGUUAAAAUAUGAAAAACUGACUGGAUAACUUUACAAACAGCACUCAGUAGUAGUGAUCAUGUUUCAUCCUUUUGUUUUUAACCUUAAAUUGAAAGUCAUCGCCCCCUGCUGGCCUGGGAUGCUUACUUCAGCCCAGUUUAGAUUCUUUUCCAGAUUCUUGAGAUAUUUUGUUCGGAUCAUAUCCGGGACAGUCCAAUCGAGGCCUUAUGUUUUUAAAGCAGCUACUGUGAAU